AUGGGCGAUCCCGGUGGACCUGCAAGCAUCGUUGCGGCAGCGAAACAACACUUUACAGAUAGCAAGACUGGGAGGUUCCAGAUCGACAUCAUCGUCAACAACGCGGGUGUCGUCUCGAUGGAGUGGAUCCAAGAUUUCAAGUUCGAAAGCUUCCACCAGUCCUACGCUGUCAACGUUCUUGGGCCACUUCUGUUGAUGCAAGCGGCCAUGCCUUAUUUGCCUCACGACCGCUCCGGAAGGAUUGUAAAUGUUUCUUCCGUGUCUUCCCAGCUGGGCUGCGCAAGCCACAGUGUCUAUGGAGGAUCGAAAGCAGCUCUCGAAGCGAUGACACGGACCUGGGCGCGAGAGCUGGCAAGCAGAGCCACCGUAAACGCCGUGAAUCCAGGGCCUGUUGCCAGGAAAAUGUAUGCACACGUGCCCGGGAGCGAAUUUGAGCGCAUGAGCAAACCCUUCCUGCUGAAUACUCCGUUGGCUGAGGUACGGCCACAGAUCGAUGGCGAAGAUCUGGUCAAAUGCGCAUAUACCAACCGUCUCGCCAUGGCCAGCUCCGGCAUGGCCAUCAACCUCGAUGUUCCUGCUUUUUGGUUCAACCAACCUCCAAGUCAACAGCUACCCCCGUCAGAAUACGCGGGGUAUGUCGGACCCGAAUCUUUCACCUUUCCAGUGUCCGAUUCUCCUGCUCCGCCAAUCUUCACCGACUUCAGUGAGGGUAAUUGGGUGUGGCAGCCUGUGCUCGAUGAAGGCACCUUUUUCCAAGAAUUUUCGGCGCAAGAUGACGGUCGAUCCGAUUAUUGCUUGCGUGUAUUGAAAGGAUACCCAGAGACCUUCGUCCGCGAGGGCAGAUCGGACUUUCUCCACCAACGUCUGUACCGAGACUCUUCGCCCAAGCCUAUCCAAGAUGCCUACUGCAUCUGUUCGGUCUAUUUGAGCAAGACCGAGGCCAACGAAAAUAUGGUAUACCGCAUUAUCGACUCGAAAGUCAACGCCUUACUAGAGCCCCACUCAAGUUGGACCUAUGAUGUUAACUUGGCGUGCGUGCAAGCCUUAGUCCUGGUCUUGAUCAUUAGGCUGUUUGAUUGCAACAUCAAGCAGAGAGUGCUUGCCGAACAGUUGGAGGUGGUUCUCGAUUUGUGGACUGAGCAACUACGGAGACGAACUGUUGUGGAACUCCCGCCAAUGUGGUCAGCUCAUCACGUCUGGGCUUCUGUCGAAAGUGCGCGGCGGACUAUCAUGAUCUCCUUUCUGUUGAGAGGCCUGUACUCUUUGCUCAAGAGAAGAGUCUGUCAAUUCGCCUCGACCAUGCGAACCCUUCCGUAG